UCUGCCUCCCCGCAUGUGGUCGAAUGGAUACGACAAGGACUCGACGUUCCUGUCCUGAUUAAGUUUGGGUCGUAUGCACCACGAGUCCAUCCAAGUUACGAGGGGCGAGUGUCUCUGGUGAGGAUCACCACCUUGAGGUUGGAGCGCCUGCAGCUGGAGGACCAGGGCUCAUACGACUGUCGAAUCCUCCUGCUGAGCAAACCUACGGAUGAGCAGAGGCACGGCAACUGGACCUGGCUCUCUGUGAUGGCUCCACCCACCUUCAGCAAAGCCCCGCCUCCUGUGAUUGAAGCUCUGGUUGGAAGUCCCAUCUCGCUGGAUUGCGUUGCUAACGGCAACCCUACGCCAACCAUCACCUGGCUGAAAGAUGGCGGUGCCAUUCAGGGUGUAAAUCAUCAGGGGGGAGUGUUCUCUCUGCCAGCAGCGACCGCACAGUCAUCGGGGCUGUACACCUGCCACGCCUCCAACUCUGAAGGAAACGUGACGCAUGUGACUAAAGUCAAGGUCAAAGGUCCACCUGUCAUUGUCAUCCCUCCUAAAAGCACCACCCUUAACAUGUCCCAGAAUGCACUUCUGCAGUGCCAGGCGGUGGCUGACCCCCCCAACAUGACCUACGUGUGGCAAAAAGGUGGAGAGAACGUGCAUCACAUCGAGUAUCUGAAGUCUCGUGUGAAGAUCAUGGUGGACGGAACGCUUCUGAUCUCCAGCCUCAUCCCGGAGGAUUCUGGGAACUACACCUGCGUUCCGACGAACGGCCUGUUGACGCCGCCGGCCGCCUCUGCCGUCCUCACAGUGAUGCACCCAGCCCUGGCUCUUCAACUGCCCCAGGAAACCUACCUCCCCACAGGUUUGGGGGGGGUGAUCCCCUGCCCGGCGGUGGCUCAGCCUCCACUUCUGCGUGUGGACUGGAUGAAGGAUGGAGGACCUCUUGAUUUGUCCUUGUAUCCAGGAUGGACCUUAAAAGCUGAUGGCUCUUUGGUUCUGGCCACGGUCAACGAGGAUGCAGCCGGCGUUUAUUCAUGUACUCCGUUUAACAGCUACGGCAGCAUGGGCUCUUCUGGAUCAACCAACGUGAUCCUGCAGGACCCCCCGUCAUUCGGCAUCGGUCCAGAGGAGGAGUACAAACAGGAAACGGGGCGAACGCUGCUCAUCCCCUGUCAGGGAAACACGGACUCAACCAACAAAGUGACCUGGAGCAAGGUCGACCCGGCUCGUCCCAUUUCUUACUCCAUUGAACCCAACGGGUCGUUGCUGCUGCAGCCUCUGAUCAAAGACCACCAGGGGGAAUGGGAGUGCGGCGUCUCCAACCGCGUCGCCUCCAUCAAAACACGCACCCGAGUUUUCGUCCUGGGAACCAGUCCCCAUGUGGCCACCUCUCUGUCCGUCUCUCCAGGAGUGAAGGAGGCCAACGUAUCCUGGGAGGCAGGCUUUGAUGGAGGAUCAGCGCAGACGUUUUCAAAAUCUCUGCCACUCUUCUUUUUUUUUUUGUGCUCACACUUCCUCUCUUGCCUCUGCAGGGUGAAGAAGAGCUCGAUUAGUAGCAAAGACGGGAAGCAGGACUGGUUCUCGGUGCCCGUGCCCCCCUCCUCUGGCAGCAGUCUGCAGGUGUCGGGCCUGUCUCCUGCCACCGACUACCAGUUCAGCAUCCUGUCUCAGAAUAAAAUUGGAGCCGGACCCUUCAGUGAGAUUACUUCUGCACGGACUUUAGAUCCUCCAGAGAGGAGAAAUAAACUGAAGCCCCCUGCGUCCCUGUCUGCUAAUCAGGGCUCGGCAGGUGUUGUUCUGCAAUGGGCUCUCCCUGAAGCUCAGCAGCCCCCCAUCACGGGCUUUGUUCUCCAGUCCCGCACCGGAGAAGGGGAGUGGUUUGUUCUGGAUGAAGACAUCAAUGCCAACAGCAGCCAAAUGGUGGUUCAGGGUCUGGAGAAGGACUGCGUGUACGAGCUGCGGAUGCUCUCUCGUCACGGGGAGUUGCUGAGCGAACCCAGUCCAUCAGUCAACGUCUCCACCACUGGGAUGGAGAGCUAUCCUGCUACGUCUCGUCUCCUCGAGUUCGUCCCGGAGCCGUUACUGGCAGGCGUUCUCGGCGGCGUUGGAUUCAUGUGCCUGGCGCUCAUCCUGCUGCUUGGGUUGGCCUGCAUCAUCAGCCGCAAGAGGGACCAACGCCGCAGAGGGAUAAAGGACGAUCCCCCUCCUGCCAUCUAUAAAUGCUCCCCAACAAUAAAGACUUCAGGCUCCAGUACUCCAGACAGUUUGUUGAAGAAAAGCCUCCUUCCCACCAGCUCAGUCUAUCCCACAACGUCUUCCAUCACCUCGUCCUUGCAGACAGACUGUUCCUCCUUCAACACUGAAACUAAUCAUCGGCGUAAGCAGCUCAUGUCAAACUACAACAGACUUACUAAAACAACCUCUCUGAUUUCUCCUUCUGUUGAGAUGAUCUCUAGAGGUCCAGAUGGCCGGUUCACACUCCCACCAUAUGACGAUGACACCUUAAGUGUUAGCAGCAAGAAAAAUGUAAAGUAUGACCAACAUGGGAGAGUCAGAAGGUCUGUGUCAUUGCACUUGGAAAGGGAGGACAAGAAAGAGUUGCCAUAUGUGCUCUCAAUUGAUUUCCCACCUUGUAAGCUUAAUGGAGAUUCCACAAGUCAAAUGUGUGACAUAGAACAUCACAGCUCGUAUGGUACAGAUGAGAACGCAACCUAUGAUCCUGAUCAUUGCAGCUUGUACUCCAACAGUAGCCUGACCACCAUCAAUCAUCACAACAGAGAAAUUACUCCCGUAUUUCCAGUACUCCCACACAUCCGAUCUGGCUUCGGUCAGCCAUAUGCAACAGUGAGCACGCUGGUGCUCCAAAUGGAACAUGAGCGGGAAAAGGGGAAUCUCAGUCGUUGCCUGAAACUGGCUCAGGAGAGAGAAGAACUUGAGAGGGAGCUCCAGAGGUACAUGCUAGAAAGAAACAAUUUCAAAGAAAUGAAGGAGGAGGAAGAUGUUAAGCAGCUUGUUUAUAAGUAUAAGAGUAACACUUUGCCAAAUAAAUAUCGGCAAGGCGGCAAGGAAAAUUUAUUCCCAUCAUGUCCUAUCCACCGGGAAGCCCGUCCUCAUGAUUCUCACCCAUCUCUGAUUCCAUCCAGAGAACACUUCAGAGCACCUCAAACUUCAACUCCAUCUUACUUAAAGUUUGACAGUUGUCCUUCUUCGUCCUUUUCCCACCAGACCUUUCUUGACCCUGAGAAAGCAGCUCGUUGUCCCACAACUCUACCACAACUCCCCUCAAAACGCCUGAAAUAUGAAAGACUAGAUUCAUCACCAAACGGCUUUGAAAAUUCAACCCAAUCUACCAUAUUGGACAUUCAAACAAAGGAUUCACUGCACAGCCUUAGUCAUGGCAACCUUCUGGCUUCGUCUUUUCACAGCAAUCAAUACACCGAAAGAUCUAACUUAACUUUUGAUGAAGCACCAUAUUCUUCAAGGCGGGAUUUAACGUUCCCUGAACAUGAUGAGAAAGAAAUAAGUGUUGAGAUGAGCGUAGAUGAGCCGGAGUUUGAGAUGACUACAUUGGGGUCUACAAAACCCCUGUUGCACCAAAGAAUUGCUUCUCAUUUGCAGCAUGGGCGGCCCCUGACUCAAAGAGGUCGGCAUGAAGACAUAAAAAGGAGCACAAGCUUCAACUUCACUAGCCCAGCUACUGUGGAAAACGCUGAAUGGGUCCACCAAUCUCAGCAACCUUCAGAACCAGAACUUUGGAGAGCUCGGAGUCGAGGCUCGAAGAUCUGGGACCACAAAAGGCGGAGUCAGAGCCUUGAUUUGAGGAGGCAGAAGAAGGAGAGCGCUUUUCUCACGCCAGAUGCAUGGAUAGACUCUCUCAGCCAAGAGAACUGCUCUCCAGCUGUCUAUCAGGAUGCAUUGAAAGGAGCUUCCACAUACAUCCCACCCAUCAACAAUAACCUGGAAGUGGAGACUGACGGAGUUCCUGAGUCUGGGGGUAGCUACAGCAGUUAUGCCAGCAGCGGCCGAGGCAGCAUGGAGACGAAUAACUGCUCGCCUGAAACUGUGGAGGGUACCCAGGGAAGCUUAGCAGACAAACAUGGUGGCCAUGUUGAAGCAAGGAGAAAGCCGUCUGUAGAUGAGAUGUACGAGUGGGACGCUGCUGAUUUCAACUCGCAGCCUGGAGACCAUGAUGGCCUGCUUUCUUCAUCAAAUCUCCAGAAGCCCGCCGAACACCGCAGCCUUCCCAGCAGGCCGUGCUCCAACAAAGCUCAGCGAAAUCCUUCAUUCCCGGGGCAUCAAAGCAGCCGCUCUGCCGCGCCAGAACCAGACGCCGUGCUGUUCUGACAGCGGCAGUGUUUCGGCUCAUCUCACCUGGUGUGUCCUUUCACGUAUCGAUUCAGAUCACUAGGUGACAAAAAGUCAGCUUUUCUCUGAUUUGUCUGCUUUUGAAGCCACAGAACCGCAGCUAAAACAACUGGAUGAUCAGAGUUUCCUGUUUGGAAAGCUUUUUUUUAAUUAAGGGUUGUUUUGCAUUAGAUAUGGGCUGAUAUCAGGGAGCUGAAGGAUUCUCUCCCUCAGAGAUGACGUUUCUUCACUGCUGAUGAUUCAAGUAAUUAGAUUAUAAUUCACCUUUAAGUUGGGUGAAAAAAGUAUUUAUACAUUAAAAAUGACUACAAAAGAUGAAUGGAAUAUUAAAAACCCGCAGUUUCUAUUAUUUACAAUGGCAGUAAAAGGUGACACUUUUUACAUGAAAAUAUCUUAAGUCCUUGCUUGGUGGUUCAAAAAAUAUUGCAUGAAGCAACAAAUAUUUUUGGACUAUAAGGUGCGCUUUCAUUUCCUCAAAAA